AUGUCAAAGAUUGUGAUUUUCAAAUCAGAAAGUAAUGGACCUGAUAAAUUUUCAAAAGAACUAAGGAAAGAAAACUUUGAAGUUCUUUCCGUGUCUUGCAUAAGCUUCGAAUUCAAAAAUAUGAAUUCACUCAGAACAAGAUUGAAUGAUGCUGAAAACUAUAGUGGCAUUAUAUUUACAAGUCCACGUACAGUUCAAGCAGUACAGCAAGCGAUUCAUGAAGAACCAAAUAUUAUAAAUAAAUGGAAGAAUAAAAUAAAUUAUUCUGUAGGAGAAGCAACAGGUCAACUAGCAAAUGAAAAGCUUCAUCUAGAAACUCGUGGACAGCAAUCAGGAAAUGCACGAAAUCUUGCUAAAGUCAUAAUUGAAGAGAAAUAUGAAGCAAUGAAACCAUUUAUCUUUCCAUCGGGAAAUUUGAAGCAGGACAUUCUUGAAAGCCUUUUGAACGAAGCAAAUAUUAAUGUAGAAAAUGUAGAAGUAUAUGAAACUAUUGAACAUCCAGAGCUAGAUAAUUCAAUAGAGAAAUUGAAAGAUGUGAACGCCAAUUUCUUAGUAUUUUUCAGCCCUUCAGGGAUUAAAUUUUCUCUUCAACAUUUAAUAAAACAUAGAAUCGAUUUAGAAAACUUUAAAAUUAUCGCAAUUGGCCCUUCCACGGAAAAGGCUUUAAUCCAAAUGGGAGUGCAAUGUUAUCGUACCUGUAAAGAACCAACACCAGAAAGUUUAAUUGAUGCUUUGCGAAAUUAA